CAUAUAAAAUUUAACUGCAUGCACCUAACACUAAUUCUCUUUCGCUGACAUCUUUAUAAUCAUAUGUGACACCUGCAUGGUUUUUCUCCUAGCAAAGAUCGGAUAUCGUAUACAUGAUAUAGAUACGGAGUAGAAUUUUCCUAUCGAAAUUUAACUUAUAUGUUAUAUGAGCUUAUACAAUUUUAUAUAUUCAAUUUCAUUUAACUACUGAACUAAUGAUGCUUGUUUUAAAGCGAAAGUUCUCUCCGACUCGUUUGAUGUUUGCCAGUUUGGGAAUAAGUUUUGCUUACUUGAUUUUCAAGAAAAGAUGUAUAUGGUGUAAAGAAUUUUCCAGAGAUGAAGACGAUUUUAAAGAUAGACACCUAACAGUUAUUGACAAGAGUGGUAACCAAAUGCAUGUAAGACAGUUAUUGAAUGGCAAGUUUGAUAUUCGAAAUUCCUCAUUUGCAAGCCCGAAAAACUCGCUGUUAACGUCAGCAGACGAACAUUCUUAUGCUAAACAAAUUACAACUUAUAACAUUUCGUUACAGAAGAAUGAUCAAUCAGAUCUGAUAUACCCACUGUUCCAGUCAGCAGAAGAAAUGGAAUUCCCUACAACGAAUGGGAAAUUGCCAUUAUACAUCAAAUGUACGCGGACGAAAUGA